AACCACCCAUUUCAAUGUGUCACAACAUUUUUGGGACACCCUGUAUAUAGAAAUAAAUUAAAAUCGUUCGUGGUAAAUCGUCUCUUCUCAUUCGGUUACAGUAUUUGAUAUAUAGCCAACCCUAGUUUAAUACAAUUCUUUCAAAAAACAAAAACAAAAGAAAUAGAAUAUAAACAGAAAAACGUCAGGUUGAGUUAACACUUUCGCGCGUGUGCGUCCAACUGAAAAUAUAUAGUUGUUUUUAUUAUUUUUCAGUUUUCAGUUUUUUUUUGUUCGGCAAUCAUAUUAUAUAUAAAAUAAGUUACCACAAAUAUAUGUUUUUCAAAAUAAUCAUAUUAGAACAUUUGUAAGAAAUUUUUCAUUAAAAAAAAUAUCAUAAUUACAGCUGCCAGCGAAGUAGCUCCCUAGCUACUUAUUUUUGUCCGCAGCGAAAGUGUUAAUUAUUUGUGUUAUUUAUAUAUGUUCAAGAUCGAUGAUGCAGCGUACCGUAUUAAUUACGACAUUCGCUCCAAGUUGAAUCUGUUUAUGGUAUGAAAGCGAUCGGUUCUUAUUUGCCGAAUUACGACAUACACCAUUGUUUGCCUUGUUCGCUCGUUUAUGAUUGCAAGGCAUUUUAAAUUUGAUUUUGCCGCAUAAUUGUGGACGCGUCGCGACACACGCGCCAUCUGGAUCCUAUGGUAUCGCAUUUUUAAAAUACAUGCAGAAUUUUGUAUAAAUCUUGCAAAAGUUUGCGAGAUAUCCAUGAUCGAAGAUUUCAUUCGAUAUUUUACAGCCCCCGACACAAUGAAAUCUACUUUAAAUCUACUUUAAUAACGUUACGAUACUUUACUUCGUACUUAUUUCCUGAUUGUUCUCUUUUUUUAUGGACGGUUAGGGAUUCUUAGCGGAAGUAUUGUUAUCAUUGGUAGCUUCUCGUUAAAAACACUUUAUUUCACAACGAUUAACUAAUUAGGGUCUAUUUCGAAUAUGCACCAAUUCAUUGUACUAAAUAAAGUACUUCAUCUUUGCUUUUUAUCUUUGUCAAAUAUGCAAGUUUAAAAUUAAUCAUAUCUACAUACAUACGUAGUAUACACCAGUCACGCUUCCUUCUACAUGCUGCACAAAUCUUGGACGUGUAACAGUUAUUUUAAAUUGUACAAACCUGAACGUUCUUAAUUUUAUCGUAAUUAUACCUAAAUACUAAUAAAUAUACUCAGCAUUUUAUUGUACAAUUGUUAAGCACCGAUCGUUUUCGUUGUUUAUUAACGUUGUGUUUACCUAUUCAAACAUUUCAAUUUGAUCACAUUGGGCAACGUUAGGAAAGAACUGACACAGAAACGAUGAUUAAGGAACAAUUUUCUCCAGUCAGUAAAAUCUUGUCUCCAAAACCUGCACAAGGAAGAAAUUUGGUAGGUUCUGCUCGACAUAUACGAGAUUUGACUGCAGACAUUCAUGCAAAUAUACAACAAUGGAACACAGCUCAUUUACAAGGAUUAGUAUUACUAAAAGAAGUAACGUUGGAGAAACGAGAUAAAUCAUACUCUCAAACUCUUCAAGAAUUAUGCGACAAAUUGGAAAAUAUUUGCGACAGUCUGGAAACUGUUGUAAAGAAUCUUGCUGAAAUUAUGCAUCAAAUAAAAAUAACAAUAUCUUUAGAGAAAAAUACAGACAAACUAUUUACAACGUGGCCCACAGCAAAAUUUGGGGAAGUAGCAGAGUCCAUAUAUAAUGCGUAUUCUCAGGAAAUGGAAGUAAAGAAAAAAGUUGUCGAAGACAUAGCGCAUUAUUAUACAGUAUCUUUGCAAAUGUUGUUCCUUGCUACCUGGGUGCAUCAACCACUACUACCACCGAAUCUAACGACAGUUCUGGAGUCGUUAUUGAUAGAAACUGGACAUAGAUAGUUGUAGUUAUUAUUGGUACAUAUUUGGUAAGUAUUUUUCUAUUUUAAAAAUGAUUUAAUAUUUAUAAUAAUGUUUUUGUAUUAUGCAAUAACUUACAACUAUUGAAAUAAAACAAAGAUUAAUAGAA